AGAGACUUAUUUAUUUUACAGCUGUUGCAUCGUGUGGUCGCAUGGAUCGAUAGCAGCUCUCUACAGAACAGUUUUGGUCUUUUAAGGUUGAAAUCCCUUUGAGAUAAAGGGUCAGCCACGAUGACGAUUAACUUGGGUGUAAAGGCUCUUCUCGGCUGGGUCAACAGCAUUAAAGUGUCCGAUCGAGAAGUGGCUGUCGAUGAUUUACAAGAUGGGAUCGUCUUUCAGAAAGUUAUUUACAUGCUGAAAAAGGAAACCAAUCCCUGUUUCUAUCAUUCCACUGAGGAUCGCUUCAAUCUUAUUGGAGACUUUGUGAAAAGAGACUGCAGAUUGAGUGAAGCUAAAGGUACUUCAAUAUCUUGGGGCAACAUAAGAGAUGGCACCAACCUAACAGUAGAAGUUGCAAAGGUUCUUCUGUUGCUCAUAUAUUAUGACAUGAUGAAUGACCGCUGUACUCUGAGCAUGUUGGAAUGUGAUGUGGAGCGGGAGAUAGCAAACUUAACUGGCUCCUUUGUGAUGGAGAGUAAGGGCUCUGUCUAUCUGAGCAAUAGACUUGAUGCCUAUUUGUCAAGGAAAUGUUUGCCCGUCUCCCGUGAAAUAUUUGACCAAUCAGCAAGUACCUCCUCCUCCUCCUCCAAUAUGUCAACGAUCUCCUCGCUCUCAGAUGACGAGUCCCCCGUAUUCCGCCGCACGCAGAAAAUCACAUUUGUGGAUGUGCAAACUGUGGCAUCUCCAUCAGUAAGCAAGUCUCCUCUGCAGGAUAUUAUGAACACACCAAAGUUUCAGAUGAGGAAAAUGCAACGUCAGAUGAUCAAAGAGAGAGACUACCGAGAUGGGUUGGAACGUGAGCUGGCCUGCAAGCUUGCUCUAAUUGCACAGAAAGAGUCUCAUAUUAACCAGUUGCAGUAUCGUCUGGAUAAAAUUAAAGAAGAACGAGGGGAAUGCGAGCAGGUUGCCAGGAAACAAAUCAAUGAUCUUGAGAACAAGAACGACACGUUACAAAUGCGUUUCAAUGAGAUUUUGAAGCAAAAUAAAGAUUUCCAGAGCACCUCUUCUCUCAUGGAGCGUAAAGUGGAUGAUCUGACAGAAGAAAAUGGUGUCCUCUCUUCUCAGGUGAGAUCAAUUAGUUCACAGCUGACUGUGUUCAAGACAGAAGUUGGUAGGCUGAGAGAAACCCACAUGUCGGCUCAAGAAAAGUGGCAAACUGAAGUAAGCCAUCUACAAUCUGAGCUCAACCAGGCUACAGCUCAAAAGGAGAUUCUGACUGAACAAAUCCAGAUCCUUCAGGGAAAAAUUUCCUGUUUGGAGGAUGAAAUAAGCAAAGCCACUAAAGAAGAAGUAGGGGAAAAUAUGGGGCCUGUAAUGGAGAGAGAAAUGUUGGAGGGUGAGAUCAACAGCUUAAAGAAUGAGCUAGUGAUGACAUCUUGUUCCCUGAAAACGGCUGAGGUGGAGAUUGAGGCCAAAACACACCAACUGGUAGAAUUCCAACAAGAAAUCAUUGAACAGAAAGGGCUCCUAAUGCAACAGAACUCCCAAACAAAGGAAAUAAUUGAAGCCAAGGAUGAAAUUAUGCACAAGUUGCAAAAGGAGAUCACUGAGCAGCGAACAGUACUUCAACAACAGAUCCAGGAUCUCAAACUUCAACUUGAACAAGCUGAGCAACAGAAAAUGGAGCAAAUGUCCAGGCUUCAACAGCAUGUUGCUGCAUAUGAACAAGAAGUUGAAAAACUAAAAGAAGCCAAGAAAGCAAAGGAAGACCUUCUCCACCACACUGAGGAAAAGGUUAAUGAUCUUGAGACUAAGUUAUCUGCUGCUUAUUCUCUCUUGGCUAAUAAAGACCAACAGAUUAAUGGCCUGAAAGAAGAAGUCAAUGUUCUUACAGAUGAAACCAUAAAAAUUAAAGGUGAAAUUCAAGCCAAAGAGGAAACGCUUGCCAAAUUACACCUGGAAAAGUCUCAUGAGCAAGAAAUUCUUCAUAUGGAAAUUCAGUCUUUAAAAACCCAAGUGAUGGACCUUAACUCAUUUCUCAAAGUUGCUGAGCAGGAACUUCAAAUUAAGCAGGACCUACUGGCUAAAUCCCAACAGGAGAAUACCCAACAUAAGGAGUUACUCCAACAACAGGUAGUCACCUGUGAAGGAGAAGUUCAGAAACUAAAUGCAGCGAUGCAGGUCAAAACAGAGCAACUUGUUAUGUUGAAGAAUGAAAGUUGUCAACAUUCUGAACUGCUUGAGCAAGAGAUCAAAAAUCUAAGAGACCAAAUAGAAAGUCUGACUGAGUCUCUCAGAAAGUCUGACGAACAAGUUCAAACCCAGCUAGUUCUGCUUAACAAUCAGGAGGAAGAGAGUUUUCAGCAGAACAAGCUACUGCAGCAACAACUCACAGCAUCUGAAGACGGAGUAAGGAGCAUGAAGGAGGAUAUCCAUGCAAGGGAGGAACAAAUUAACCUGUUGAAAAGUCAAAGUUCGGAGCAAUCAGAACUACUUCAUCAAGAGAUCGGAGACUUAAACAAAAAGGUGGAGGGUCUUUGUUUCUCACUUAAGUCUACUGAGGAAAAUUUGCAGUCCAAGGAGAUUAUGUUUGCCAAACAGCAAUUACAGAACUCCCAGCACACGGAGGCUCUACAAACACAGAUUGCAGCUUUUCAAGAUGAGGUGAAGAGACUAAAUGCAGACAUUCAUGGUAAGGAGGAACAGUUGGUUGAGCUGAAGGCUGAAACUUCUACAAACACGGAGUUGCUACAACAGGAAAUUGAAGGUCUGAACAAACAAAUUGAAAGCCUGAGCAUUUCUAUUGAGAUCGCCAAGGAGCAGAUUCAAAUGAAAGAAAAUUUGAUUUCAAAGCAACAGCAACAAAACACUUUGCAGAUUGAGGCGCUAAAAAAGCACAGUGCUGCAUUUGAAGAGGAGGCAAACCAGCUGAGGCAGCAGAUCCAAAUGAAAGAGGGUGAGGUUGACACCUUAAAGGCUGCAAACUGCAAGGAGACUCAAAUGUUUCUCAAGGAGAUCCAAACUCUACGGGAUCAAGUGGAAGGUUUGAAUAAAUCACUAAAUACUGCAACAGACCAGGUUCAAAAUAAAGAAAACCUGCUGGCUCAGAGGGAUUUGGAGAUUUCUCAUGGAAAAGAUGAACUUCAAAAGAUGCUGACAACCUCCGAAGAAGGGAUGAGAGGUCUUGGCAAACACAUCCAGGCGAAAGAGGAGCAACUGGCCUCUUUAAAAGAAGAGGGUGCUGCACAUUCUGACAUGCUACAGCGAGAAAUCACAGGUCUGAAAAACCAACUUAAUAAUUUGACUGACUCUCUCACACAGGCUGAGGUGAACAUUGAGAAUCAGUUAGUUCUGCUUAACAAGAGGGAACAAGAGGGCCGCUGUGAGAAAGACUGUCUGCAACAACAACUGUCUGCUUCUGAAGAUCAAUUACAGAGGAUGAGGGAGGAGAUCCAAGCUAAAAAGGGUGAGCUUGACGCCUUAAAGUCUGAGAGCUGCAAUGCUUCACAAGUGCUACAAAAUGAAAUUCAAACUCUGAGAGAUGAAGUGGGAAGUCUAAGUGAAUCACUAAAGACUUCAAUCAAGCAGGUUCAAGACAAAGAUAACCUGUUGGCUCAGAAGGAAUUAGAAAUUUUUGAGGAAAAGGAUAAAUUUAAGAACAUGCUGACAACCUCCGAAGAGGAGAUGACCUGUCUUAGACAACAGAUUGAGGCCAAGGAGGAACAACUGGCCACACUUAAAAAGGAGGGCACUACACACUCUGACAUGCUACAGCAAGAGAUCACAGUGCUCACAAAACAACUUGAUAGUAUGACCGCAUCUCUUACAAAGGCUGAGGAGGAAGUUCUGGUCCAGUUAGAUCUACUUAACAAAAAGGAGCAGGAGAGAUCUCAUGAGAAGGAACUUCUACAGCAACAACUGUCUGCUUCUGAAAAUCAGGUGCACAGGAUGAUGGAGGAGAUCCAAGCUAAAGAAGCUGAGCUUGACACUGUAAAUGCUGAGAGCUGUAAGAAGUCGGAAGAACUACAAAAUGAAAUCCAAACUCUGAGAGAUCAAGUGGGAAGUUUGAGUGAAUUUCUUAAGACUUCAACUGAACAGGUUCAAGUUGGCGAAAACCUGCUGGCUCAGAAAGAAAAGGAAAUUUCUCAAGGAAAAGAUAAUCUUCAGAACAUGAUGACAACCUAUGAAGAGCAGUUAAAGGGUCUCAGAGAACAGAUCCAGGCUAAAGAGGAAGAACUGGUCACACUAAAAAAAGAGGGAGCCACACAGUCUGACAUGCUACAGCAAGAGAUUACCGGUCUGAAAAACCAAAUAAAUAGUUUGACUGAAUUGCUCACAAAGGCUGAAGAGCAUGUUCAGACCCAGAUAGUUCUUAACGAUGAGCAGGAACAGGAUCAUUUUCAUCAGAAUAAGCUUCUGCAGCAACAACUGUCAGCUUCUGAAAAUCAGGUGCAGAGGGUGAAAGAGGAGAUCCAAGCUAAAGAGGCUGAGCUUGACACCGUAAAGGCUGAAAACGGCAAGAAGUCAGAAGAUCUACAAAAUGAAAUCCAAACUCUGAGAGAUCAAGUAGUAAGUUUGAGUGAAUCUCUUAAGACUUCAGCUGAACGGGUUCAAGUUUGCGAAAACCUGCUGGCUCAGAAGGAAAAGGAAAUUUCUCAAGGAAAAGAUCAUCUUCAGAACAUGAUGACAACCUCCGAAGAGGAGAUGACCUGUCUUAGACAACAGAUUGAGGCCAAGGAGGAACAACUGGCCACAUUUAAAAAGGAGGGCACUACACAUUCUGACAAGCUACAGCAAGAGAUCACAGGUCUCAAAAAAACACUUGAUUGUAUGACCACAUCUCUUACAAAGGCUGAGGGGGAGGUCCUAGUCCAGUUAGAUCUACUUGACAAAAAGGAGCAGGAGAGAUCUCAUGAGAAGGAACUUCUACAGCAACAACUGUCGACUUCUGAAAAUCAGGUGCAGAGGAUGAUAGAGGAGAUCCAAGCUAAAGAAGCUGAGCUUGACACCAUAAAUUCAGAGAACUGCAAGAAGUCAGAAGAACUACAAAAUGAAAUCCAAACUCUGAGAGAUCAAGUAGUAAGUUUGAGUGAAUCUCUUAAGACUUCAACUGAACGGGUUCAAGUUUGCGAAAACCUGCUGGCUCAGAAGGAAAAGGAAAUUUCUCAAGUCAAAGAUAAUCUUCAGAACAUGAUGACAGCCUCCGAAGUGAAGAUAAAAGGUCUCACAGAACAGAUACACGCUAAAGAGUUAGAAUUGGCCACAAUAAAAAAAGAGGGAGACCAAAAUCUCAACACUCUCAGAGAAGAGCUUGCUGCCAAAGCUUUCUUGGUGCAUAAAGCAAGAGAAGAAGCUGAAACCAUGAAAGAGGAGAAUUCCAAACAAACUAAUGUUCUCCAAGAUGAGAUCCAGAAUCUGAAAGAGCGUGUGGAAAAUAUUUCUCUUGAAGUUGUUGCUAAGGAGCAGAUUUUACUUAAAACCCAACAGGAGUCCUCUGUGAAGAUAAACAGCCUACAGCAACAGCUCAUCACACAAAGUACAGAGUUGGACCACCACAAAAAAACACACGCUGCAGAUGUCAGACUGCAAGAGGAUGCACAGGAGUUGCAUGUUGCCACUCAGAGGGAAAAAGAGACUCUAUUGGCCAGAAUCCAUCAGGCAGAAAAUGAUAAUGCCGCUCUGGAGAAAGAACUUAAAGCCAUGGUCUGUGAGAAAGAGAGACUUGCUCAGGCCAAGCAAGCCAUUGAGAGAGAGAAUGCAGCCUCUCAUAAACUGGAAUCUGCACUGCAGCAUGAGCUGGAAGAAUUGAAAAUGGAUAAAGAGAAACUCUUGAAAGACAUUGAAAAAGCUGGAGAAAUUGAGGCUCAGAAGAGGGAUCUGCAGAAACAGCUCUCAGCUAAAACCGAAGCUGUAGAACACUACAAGGCACAGAUGGAGAAAGCAGUAAAUCAUUACAAUGGCAAGAAGCAGCUUCUCCAGGAAAGCCAACAAGAAGUGGCUGAACUCAAACAUUCCUUGGAGGUCAAAGAGUGUGAAAUAAAGACAUUUAUUGCAGAGAAUAAGCUGCUUCAACAGGAACUGGAGAAAGCUCAAACCAGUGAGAAAAAACUUUUGAACACCGUGGCCAAUUUGAAGGCACAGUUGGUCUUGGCUGACCGUAACCUACAGGUACAGAAUAAGGUCCAUGGUAGAGAAGGAAGCACAACAGAUGUUUGUUAUUUGGAUAUUCCCAACAAAAACCUGAGCAAUCAGACCAUGGUAAAGAGGACAAUCAGCUCUGACAGCCUGGACCAAAGUGCUCUAGAAGACUCUCUGAAUGGCACAAGGAAACUUUCAGCACCUGAUGAGUCAAGCACACCACUUGUUCGAAGUUCAGAACGCUUGGCAGCCAAACGACGUGGUCUACAGGCAGAGUCCCUGGAAACACUCUACUUCACACCUAUAAACACCAGACAGGUUAACAGGACCAGUACAGAGAACAAAAUGGAGCUGGAUUCAGCCCGGAGAAAUCCAAGUUCAUCUGUUAAACGGCGCAGGACGACUCAGGUUAUUAACAUCACCCUGACCAAGAAAACCCCAGGUGGCAAUGAAGGUGAUGAGUCUUUCUACAGUCUGGCCUCAGCUCGCUCUCAACCAAACCUGUUCACUGCUCGCUCUGCACAGCCUGUGUCCAUGGAGCUGUUCAGCACACCUGCCAAAAUGACCAGUGCUGCCAGCGACCAACUCAUGGGUCUUCCCGGGUACAGACGGAGCACAAUGAAUUCACAGACCACUAGUACAUUUUGCGUGGGGGCAGAAAAUGAGCCAGAAGGUGCACCUGACGACUGGAUGAGGAUAGCUGAGCUGCAGGCCAGGAACAAGGCCUGUCUUCCUCACCUGAAGAGCAGCUACCCUGUGGAAUCAGAGACUGGCCAUGGCGGUGUAUUCAUUUUCACCGAUGAAGAAGUCCGUAUGGGUGACCCAACUGACACAAUCCGUCGUGCUUCCAUGAUGCCUGGUCAGCUUCAGGACUCUCUCGUCUCCCAUCGGCAAUCUCUCAUGAUGGGGCAGACGGGUGUUGCUGCCAACACUCGUUCUCAUCGUCUGUCCCUGAUGCCUGGCCAGCUGCCGUCAAAAGUGGCUAGCUCUUCUCAGCUGAGGAGCCCAAAUGGCACAAAACGGUCUUCAUCUACUUUGUCUCUACCUCAAAUUUCACCUGAGAAAAAGGUGAAGGCCAGCUGUUUCCCCCGUCCCCUCACCCCCAAAAACAAGAACGUGAUCAGUGGACGUAGCAACUCCCAGCUUCACCCAGUACCCAGUCCAGCUGAUCGGAGACAGUCUAUGGUGUUCACUAUUGACAACACCCCUAAGAAGAACAACUACCUGAAGAAAGGGCUAAACAAACUGCGCAACUCCACCACUAGCAUGCCUGCAGAUCCUCAGGCUGGUGUAGGACGAGCGGGCAGAGUCGGGAGCUUUAAGUCACCUCAGGUGACAAGUAAAGGAAGUCGCAGGAAGUCUCCACAAACCACCAGCAAGACUGGAAAGUCCCCUGGACUGACGGCUAGUGCUCGCAAGAUAAUGAGGAGGAUGAAGGUGUGAGGACUGGUUACCAAAAAAAUGGAUUUUUGAUCUUCUGCUGAUCUACUUUAUCAUAUUUUUCUUUUUUGUUGCUUUUUUUUAAGAAGUCUUGUCUUAAUUGACCUUUAUUUUCUCUGUAAUUAUUUGCAUGUUUUGUAAAUAAAAUAUGUAAAAAGCCUG